AUGAAAUCAAUAUCAUCGGUUGGCUCAGAACAAGGGAAUCGGAAAGACUGCCCUCGCAAGAGAGAACUGCUUUCGGCGGGAGAACUGCCCUCCUCCGCGAGGGAGAACGGCUUGCCGAAGAACUUGCAAGGGAGAAAUACUUUUGGAAGCACUCCCCUCCGCAAGGAAGAGCCCCUUUUGGAAGAACUGCCCUCCGCGAGGGAGAACUGCGCUUUCGGCGGGACAGCUAUUGCGAUGAGGGCGGUUGGGCUCCGCUUUGGACUAGCUGGCCAGCCCGACGCUGUCAACAAGCAGCUGUAUUGA